AUGUGGGGUUCUCUCGUCGGCACAAAAUGGGCGCCAUGGUGUCCAAGCCAACACCCAAGGAAACAGUCCAUCCACGCUGGUGGACCAAUUGAUGGGAUCUUCUCCAUCCACUCAGACGAAAAAGAAAUGUUGACUGAACUAACCUGGGAAGCUGUCGGUGCCACAAAGCGAGAAGAGCUUCUCUCCUCCAUCCCGCCAGAAUGGAUCAUCCCAGCUGAUAUUUCCCCUCCACACUCCCAGACCGACGUCACCAGCUUUCCUCAAACAUCGGGCUGGUUUACUCCCCCUGAAUUGGAGAUCACAGGCUCAACAGCCUCUGAAAUUCUCGCGAAGACCACGACGGGCAUUUGGAGCGCUGAAGCUGUGACUCGCGCAUUCUGCAAACGUGCUGCUGCCGCCCAUCAACUGACAAACUGCCUUUCUGAAACCCUCUUCCCAGAGGCCUUAAGAGAUGCAAAGGCGCUCGACGCUCACCUGGCCGCUACCGGUAAACCGUUGGGCCCCCUUCAUGGCCUCCCGAUCUCUCUCAAGGAUAACUUCAACAUUAUCGGCAAGGACUCGACACUGGGUUUCACAGGCUGGGUCAAUGACCCUGCUACUUACAAUAGCAUAAUGACUGAUCUCCUGCAAGACGCGGGCGCGGUGCUGUAUGUCAAGACGAACGUGCCGACGGCGAUGAUGAUUGCCGAGACGGUGAAUAAUGUGUAUGGGCGCACGUUGAAUCCACGCAAUCGACUCCUGACGUCGGGCGGAUCAUCGGGCGGCGAGUCAGCUUUGAUUGCGUUUGGCGGUAGUCCUCUCGGUGUUGGGACGGAUAUUGGUGGCUCCCUCCGAAUCCCCGCCGCCUGCACUGGAAUCUUCACCCUGCGCCCCUCCUUCGGCCGUUUCCCCAACUUCUUGACAAAAUCCGGCCUGGCUGGUCAAGAAUCCGUCCUGAGCGUCAACGGCCCAAUGGCACCAACCCUCGACUCUAUCAAGCUCUUCUCCUCCGUAGUGACAAACAGCCAGCCUUGGAUCCGGGAUCCUAAGUGUAUACCGAUUCCAUGGCGGACCGUUGAGCGCAAGCAGCGCCUGAAACUGGCCGUGUUGUGGGAUGAUGGUAUGGUCCGACCGACGCCGCCAGUUCGCCGCGCACUGAGAGAGACGGUGCAUAAAUUGCGAAGGGCUGGACAUGAGGUUGUCAAUUGGGAGGCAACGGGACACAAAGAAGGGAACGACAUUUUGGAUCGCUUCUUCCUUUCCGACGGCGGCAAGACCGUGCAGCAAAUCCUCGCGGCAGCCAAAGAACCCAUCCGCCCCGAAAUGGACCGGUACGACCGUGCUAAGGACGGCGGCGUGCAGGCGCUGUGGAAACUGCACGUUGAACGCAAUAAAUUCCAGCAAGAAUACAUGGAACGGUGGAAUGCGUGCGAAGGACUUGAUGGAUUGUUGAACAACCCCGCCGCCGUCCACGGCCAGCCUGUCAGUCUACAGCUGGUAGGCCGCAGGCUUGAUGAGGAGAAGGUGGUGAUGAUGGGAGAGGUUAUCUUGGACGCGCUCAGGGGGGCGGCUGUGAAUGGCAGUGGGAGUGGGAAGUCUCAAGCAUCGUCGUCUAAUUUGUGA